AUGGGAUUCAAACAUAGGUCCUGUGAUUCCAAGACCAGUGUUCUCUCUGCUGUACCAAGAUGCUUCCUAGAAACAGGAAUCAAUGCCCAACACAGUGACCCAGAGCAGAGGCCUCUAAAGGGGGAGCUGCAGCAUGACCCAGAAAAGUGUGUGAUUAACCAACCGGAGAGUGGGAAGGUGCUCCUACUCUCUUUCUUCAGAGAAGCCUCCACAAAGCGAAUUCCGCCCUCCUUUAUGGAAGGUUCCCUACCACCCGUCUCAUUCCUUCACCCCAAACCUGAUGUGGCCGCAGGCCCAGCUCUCCGGCGCUGUCGAUACCAGUCCGGAGCCAGAGCCGUCUCACCUGCACCUUUGUGCGCGCCCCUCGCUGCUCUCCAGUCCGCUCUGCUCCUCCCAGUGUCCAGUGUGGGGGUCUUCCAGGAUAUCAGCCCUGCUGUAAAUCUGCAUUAUGAACUGGAAGUUGGCACUGACAUGGACACUCUUGGUGCCCGGAGCUCCAUUUCUUGGGAAGUACAACGAUUCAAUGGCUGGUACAACAAUCUUGCAGAACAUAGAUGGGGUAGCAAAGGCUCCCGACUACGGCGUCUGGUUCCUGCCACUUAUGCGGAUGGUGUGUUUCAGCCAUUGGACGAGCCCCACCUCCCCAAUCCCCGAAAUCUCAGCAACGCCGCUAUGCGGGGUCCAGCAGGGCAGCCCUCCUUCCGGAAUCGAACAGUGCUAGGGGUCUUCUUUGGGUACCAUGUCCUCUCAGAAGUGGUCAGUGUGGAGCGGACAGGCUGUCCUACUGAGUUCUUGAAUAUCCGUAUCCCAGCUGGGGACCCAGUGUUUGACCCCGGUUACAAGGGAGAUGUGGUGCUCCCGUUCCAGAGAAGCCAGUGGGACCCAGACACUGGACAGAGUCCUAGCAACCCCCGGGACCAGACGAAUGAGGUGACUGGCUGGCUAGACGGUAGUGCCAUCUACGGUUCCUCUCAUUCCUGGAGUGAUGCACUGAGGAGCUUCUCUGGUGGGGAGCUGGCAUCAGGGCCAGACCCGGCUUUUCCCAGGGACACCCAGGGAACCUUCCUCAUGUGGACAGCACCAGACCCUUCCACAGGGCAGCGUGGCCCCCGAGGGCUAUAUGCUUUCGGGGCCGAGAGGGGGAACCAAAACCCAUUUCUGCAGGCACUGGGUCUCCUCUGGUUCCGAUACCACAACCUGUGGGCUCAGAGGCUGGCUCAGGAGCACCCGACCUGGGGAGAUGAGGAGCUGUUCCAGCAUGCCCGUAAGAGGGUCAUCGCCACCUACCAGAACAUCGUUCUGUAUGAGUGGCUGCCCAGUUUCCUACUGAAGAAGACCCCAGAGUAUAAAGGGUAUCGGUCAUGCCUGGAUCCCAGUAUCUCCCCCGAGUUCCUGGCAGCCUCCAAGCAACUCUUCUCCACUAUGGUGCCCCCUGGUGUCUACAUGAGAAAUUCCAGCUGCCAUUUCCAGGAGGUCACCAGUGGGGAGUCAGGAGCCUUCCCAGCUCUCAGGGUCUGCAACAGCUACUGGAAUCGAGAGAACCCAAACCUACGUAGUAUCCGGGGAGUGGAUGCGCUGCUUUUGGGCAUGGCCUCCCAGAUUGCUGAGAGAGAGGAUCAUGUGAUAGUGGAGGAUCUGAGAGAUUUCUGGCCAGGGCCACUGAAGUUCUCUCGUACUGACUACUCAGCAAGCUGGUUGCAACGAGGACGAGACCUGGGACUGCCCUCUUACAAUCAGGCUAGGGUAGCCAUGGGAUUAACCCCAGUCACCCGGUGGGAAGAUAUCAACCCUGACCUUUCCCAGAGGAAUGGCACUGUCCUGGAGGCAAUAGCAUCUAUGUACCACCAUGAUCUGUCCCGGCUGGAGAUGCUUCCUGGGGGACUCUUGGAGAGCCGAGGGGAUCCUGGGCCCCUCUUUACUGCCAUCAUCCUUGACCAGUUCACGCGACUUCGAGAUGGAGACCGAUAUUGGUUUGAAAACACGUGGAAUGGUUUGUUCUCCAAGGAAGAGGUGGCCAAGAUACGAAACACCUACUUUCGUGACGUCUUGGCUGAUGUCACCAGUGUGGGCCUGGGUGCCCUGCAGCCCCAAGUCUUUAUCUGGAAAGAGGGAGACCCCUGCCCACAACCCCGGCAGAUCACGACUGAAGGCCUGCCCAGCUGUGUCCCUCUGGUGGUACUCGACUAUUUCAAAGGCAGCGGCUUUGGAUUCGGGAUCACUAUUGGGGCCCUCUGCUGCUUCCCAUUGGUCAGCCUGCUGAGUGCCUGGAUUGUUGCUCGACUUCGAAGAAGGAAUUUCAAGAGGCUUCAGGCCCAGGAACGACACAGCAUCAUGUCUGAGAAAUUCGUGGAGGGUGUGGAAGCCAUUGAGUGGCAGGGCAGGAAGGAGCCCUGCCGGCCUGUACUCCUGAAUCUCCAGCCUGGGUGUCUUCAAGUCCUGGAUGGCCGGCUCUCAUUGCUCCGUGUCAUCCAGUUCCGGGACUCCCAGAAGAUGACCUUAAUCCAGUCUAACAACCGGGGCCGACGGGCGCUUCUGCUCAAGAUUCCCAAGGAGUAUGACCUGCUGUUGCUGUUUAACCUGGAAGAGGACCGGCAGACUUUUGUUCACAGUCUUCAGGAGGUCCUGAAGAGCAGUGGGCUGACUUUCCAGGAGUGGGAGCUCCGAGAGCAGGAAAUGAUGAGGACCACUGUGACUAGGAAGCGUCGAAGGCACAUCUUGGAGACCUUCUUCAGACAUCUCUUCUCCCAGGUGUUGGACAUUGACCAGGCAGAUGCAGGGAGCCUGCCCCUGGACUCAUCUCAGAAGGUGCGAGAGGCCCUGGCCUGUGAGCUGAGCAGGGCAGAAUUUGCAGAAUCUCUUGGCCUCAAGCCUCAGGCCAUGUUUGUAGAGUCCAUGUUCUCUCUGGCUGAUAAAGAUGGCAACGGCUACUUAUCCUUCCGGGAAUUCUUGGACAUCCUGGUGGUCUUCAUGAAAGGCUCCCCUGAGGAGAAGUCCCGCCUCAUGUUCCGGAUGUAUGACUUUGAUGGGAACGGUCUCAUUUCCAAGGAGGAGUUCAUCAGGAUGCUUAGGUCCUUCAUCGAGAUUUCCAACAACUGCCUGUCCAAGGCCCAGCUGGCUGAGGUGGUAGAGUCCAUGUUCCGAGAGUCUGGCUUCCAAGACAAGGAGGAGCUGACCUGGGAGGAUUUCCACUUCAUGUUAAGGGACCAUGACAGUGAGCUCCGUUUCACACAGCUCUGUAUUAAAGGUGUGGAAGUUCCUGAAGUCAUUAAGCAACUAUGCCGGAGAGUCUCCUUUAUUAGCCAGGAUAAAAUAUGUGAUCUAGCUGAUGAGACGACCAUGCAGAAAUUCAAGUGCCCGGCAUCUAUAGACCCACCGCAGGAGGUCCGAAAGAGGUUUGGCAAAAAGCUGACAUCGUACCAGCCCCGGCCCUUCACAGAAGCACGCCGAGAGAAGUUGCAGAGAAGUCGUUGGCAUCAGACUGUGCAGCAAUUUAAGCGGUUCAUUGAGAACUACCGCAGGCAUAUUGCCUGUGCUGCAGUCUUCUAUUUCAUCGCUGGCGGGCUGUUUCUGGAGAGGGCCUACUUCUAUGCCUUUGCGGCCCACCACAUGAGCAUCACGGACACCACCCGGGUGGGCAUCAUCUUGUCCCGAGGCACGGCAGCCAGCAUCUCCUUCAUGUUCUCUUACAUCCUGCUCACCAUGUGCCGCAACCUCAUCACCUUCCUACGGGAGACUUUCCUUAACCGCUAUGUGCCCUUUGAUGCUGCGGUGGACUUCCACCGCGUCAUUGCUGCCACAGCCAUUGUGCUCACAGUCCUGCACAGUAUGGGCCACGUGGUCAACGUCUACUUGUUCUCCAUCAGCCCACUCAGUGUCCUGUCUUGUCUCUUCCCUGGCUUCUUCCAGGAUGAUGGGUCUGAAUUGCCUCAGAAAUUCUAUUGGUGGUUCUUCCAGACAGUCCCAGGCCUAACAGGAGUUGUGCUGCUCAUGGUCCUGUCCAUCAUGUAUGUCUUUGCUUCCCACUACUUCCGCCGGCGCAGCUUCCGAAGCUUCUGGCUCACCCACCACCUCUACAUUUUGCUAUAUAUCCUGCUCAUUAUUCAUGGCAGCUUUGCCCUCAUUCAGCUGCCUCGAUUCCAUAUAUUCUUCCUGGUCCCAGCUCUUAUCUAUGGUGGGGACAAACUGGUGAGCCUGAGCCGGAAGAAGGUGGAAAUCAGUGUGGUGAAGGCUGAGCUCCUGCCCUCAGGUGUGACUUACCUCCGAUUCCAGAGGCCCCAGGGCUUUGAGUAUAAGUCAGGGCAGUGGGUACGUAUAGCCUGCCUGGCCCUGGGGACCACAGAAUACCAUCCGUUCACUCUCACCUCUGCACCCCAUGAAGACACGCUCAGCCUUCACAUCAGAGCUGUGGGACCCUGGACUACGCGACUCAGAGAGAUCUACUCACCCCCACCAGGCGCUAGCAGCAUCAAAUACCCUAAGUUAUACCUGGAUGGGCCAUUUGGAGAGGGUCACCAAGAGUGGCACAAGUUUGAGGUGUCUGUGCUGGUAGGUGGGGGCAUUGGGGUCACCCCCUUUGCCUCUAUCCUCAAAGACCUGGUCUUCAAGUCAUCAGUAAGCUGCCAACUGCUCUGUAAAAAGAUCUACUUCAUCUGGGUGACGAGGACCCAAAAGCAGUUUGAGUGGCUGGCAGACAUCAUCCGGGAGGUGGAGGAGAAUGACCGGCAGGACCUGGUGUCUGUGCACAUCUACAUCACCCAGCUGGCUGAGAAGUUUGACCUUCGGACCACCAUGUUGUACAUCUGUGAGCGGCACUUCCAGAAGGUGCUGAACCGGAGCCUCUUCACGGGCCUGCGCUCCAUCACCCACUUUGGUCGUCCCCCCUUUGGCCCCUUCUUCAGCUCCCUGCAGGAAGUCCACCCACAUGUGCGGAAAAUUGGGGUGUUCAGCUGUGGCCCCCCUGGCAUGACCAAAAACGUGGAGAAGGCCUGUCAGCUCAUCAAUCGGCAGGACCAGACUCACUUCUCCCAUCAUUACGAGAAUUUCUGAGGCCAGAUAGAGUCUAUCAUUGCCUACCUCUGCUCAUCUGGAGCUCAAGGAACAGCUCCUGCCCAGGCCUAGCCCAGCCCUCCUCUUACCUGCUGAGGUAUCUGGGGCUUCAGGUGAUUGCAGUCACACAUGAGAACCCAGGCUAUGUCCCAGCCUCUUCACCUGGAGCCGUGAUGGUUGCUGGGGAAGAAACAUGAGGAUCACAGGCUGUGGUGAAGGGAAACUACUUUUUUUGUGGGGGGCAGUGGAGGAGGGGAGGAGAGAAAAUAGUCCCUUCCCUUGUAGUCUGCUGUUUCUGUGCCGUCCCCUGCAGUUGGGAGUAGGAGUAUUCCUGGGGUACAGAUGCUGGCAUCUUUGAGUUCUCCCCACUCCAUGUAUGUGAGAAAACAUAUGUAAAUAGCUUUGCAAACCUUAAAAUGCUAUCCAAAUGCUAGAUAUGAGCCCCCUUAGAUUCUUCGGUUGGGUUGAUGUGGCUUUGGAACACUGGAUGGCUGGGGAGGAGAGGCAAGAGUGGGACCAUUUUACCUUUCCUUGGACUUGAGGACUCUCCCUCCUCUCCCCACUCAUCCUUCCCUCAGGAUCCUAAUCCAGUUGUAGUCUUGUCUCAUGUUUUUAAAUAGCCCCAGUUUCAUUCCAACACAGACCACGGCCUGGGGCUUUCUAUCCCAGGCUUCCAUUCAUUCAGGUAACUCCCCCCAUUCCAGCUGGAAUAUUUUCAUUCCAUUCAUUUACUGUUCUAUGCAAAUAAACCAUUUUUCUGCCCUUCUGGAGUCUCUUAAUUCUGCCCUCUUGCCAGCUAAACCUAAGAACACUGACCCAGCUGACAUUUGCUUCAGAAACAUCCAGGGCUGGGCAGUGCUGACAUCUUAGUUGGGCUGUGCCCAGUGAUUCUGAGGACCGAGACUCAUCCCAGUCUGUCACAUUCUCUGUGAUUCCUACCUGGGAGGCAAUUAAGGGAAAGAAACCUUAAGUUUUCUCAUAAAAGGUUCCUUAUCCAGUCUCCCACAUUUACUAGACAUGACCCCUGAUACUAAAAAACUUCCCUCAGGGAAAAUGAGCAAAAUUAUCUCAAAUCUGUUAAAAGUUUAGGUCUCCUCAGGUGAGAGGAGAUGCAGGUGAUAUUGGGUUGAGGGUUGGAAUCAGACUGUAGUGAAGAGUCUUUGACUUGUAAUCAAUGAACCUGCACUGAAGUCCUGGUUCUGUCUCUUAUUAGCUGUGUUACCCUAGGCAACCUUCAACACCUCAGCCUGUUUUUCUCACCUGUGAAAUGGGAAUAACACUUGCAUUAACUACCACUCAGUUAUUGUGAAGAAAAUGCUUCUCAAACCUUGAAAUGCUAUACACAAACAUAGUAAGUGGAGUCGUAGGAGGAAGGAAUUAUCUGGCAGUGCUUGGGGGUAAAGGGUACAAUACUUGGAGAGAGACAUUCUUUGUCAUCCUGGCCCACUCUCCGUACUCCUCUUUGGGCCCUGGACUCUCUCAAGCCCCAUUUGUCAGUGCUAAGUGGACUCUGCCCUGCUGAGAAUGUGGAGAACAUUGCCUUAAGAGAACUCAGACUCCAUAGAUAUACUCAGUUGGAUUUUCGAACAAUAAAAAAAUCUCAUGCUUCCAGGGAGCCCAGUAUAUGGGGGAGAACGGGGGAGGGCAUUUAUUCAAGGGACACUUGGAUUCUUUCGGGAGUUGGGGGAAGAGACCUACAUGAGACAAAAAGGAAAAAGCUUUGGGCCCUGUCUUGAAGUCCCUAACACCACACAAGGAAACCCUUAAACCAUCACAAAGAUUCUCCGGUUAGGAAGAACAGGUUGGCCAUGAUGCAAUAGGACUGACAGGCCAGGCCAGGGUAGUCAUGUAAAACUUUCCAGGGUUUUUCAGAAUUGGAAGAUAAUCUGGUGCAGUGCACCUCCGAUCUCCUGUAAGAACCACGUGAGAGCGUCGUUGGUUAUCUGGCCACUGGCCCUUGGCAGGAUCUGUACUGUCCCUUGGUUGUUGCCGGUGGUACUAUGAUGAGGUACACCUGGUGAUAAGCUUAACUACGUGGUAUAAGGGUUAUUUCUAAGCCAACUUUGUAGUCACUGCCCGUUACCUCGAUUCCUUUUUCAGAUCAGGUUGUAGGCUCAGAGAGAUCCGGUCUGACCAAUAACAUCCUGCUAAUAACUGCUUGAAACUCGGCAUGUCCGUCUCUCUCUGGGCCUCUAAAAUCUCUAAAAUGAAAGGAUUGGACUACAUCAGAGGUUCUUAACCUUUUUUUGAACAGUUUCCUCAGUCUAAUAUUUUUAAAUAAUUUAAAGAAAUGCUGAAUUUCGGGUAGCUAGUGUUAUGAAAAUAAGAAUGUGAUUUUUCGCUAAGUUCAUGGGCCCCCUGAAAUCUAUCCACUAACUCCCAAGAACCCCUGGACUAGAUAAAAUCCCUGAGGUCUUUUUCUAGCGCCAAAGCUCUGGAGAGAAGAAAAAGAGGCUGAACCUGCCGCUGAUCCCUGACGGCAGUGGCCAGGCCCCGGAGGUUCCCCAAACUCUCCCGCGCUCGCAGUUAGAGGCGGCCGCCAGCAGGGGGCAGGGGGCACUCACUGGAGCGUCCCCCUCUUUCUUGGGGCAGGGCGGGCAGGCUCUGCGCCCGCUGGCAAGGCUGAGAGCUGCGUCCCAGGCUUUGCCCCACGAGUUGGGAGCUGGCUUCUGCCCUCAAGCCUGUUUUCCCUGCGACCACAGUGCUACAGCCGCUCCCCUCGGAGUGGCCAGGGCAGAAAUGCGAAAGCAAAGCAAACCAGCCCAACCUCUCUGUCCUGUCCUAGCGGUCCCCACCCCCGCCCCGGGCCGGAUUUCCCCCCUCCCCUGGUGCUGGGCUUUUCGCGUGUCAAGGUCUCCUUCCUUUCCCCUCCUGCCUGCCUACCCUCCUUCCCUCUCCCUGCGUGUCUGUCUCCGGCUCUUUGUCUCUCUCUCCAGCUCCCCCUCCUCCCUAACAAAUGAUUCUUGGCAGGAAAUUGAACGUGCUCCUCGGGGAGUCUUACUCUUACGCGCAGUAUCGGAGGCGCGGGCAGCGGGGAGGAAAGGGGGAGCCCCGACACGCCGCCGCCAUACGCCU